AUGUUUAUGAAUGAAUCACUUGUCAGUUAUGGUCAGCACAGAGGUAUAAAUGAUUUGUUUUUGGUGCACACAUCCAAACUGCAUCUUCUUCCAAGACUGCUGCUACUUCCUAAGCUUCAUGGUAAAAAUAUUGCCAGAGGUGGACAAGUGGCUCAGUCUUCAGUGGGUUGGUCAGGUAUCCCUGAAAGAGUCAUUGAUGGGAAUCGUGACAGCACCUAUAAACAGAGGUCAUGUUCCCACACCAAACGUGAACUGAAGCCAUGGUUGAGACUGGACCUCCUGAAAAUGUUUAAAGUCAAAACCGUCACCAUCACCAACAGAGGAGACUGUUGCUCUGACAGACUCAAUGGAGCUGAGAUCCGCAUUGGAAACUCCCUUAUUGACAACGGCAACACUAAUCCCAUAUGCACUGUGAUCAAGUCCAUCACUGGCGGGAGAACCGAAACCUUUGAGUGUUAUGAAAUGGAAGGCCGCUACAUAAACAUCGUGAUUCCCGACAGAAUGGAAUACCUGACACUGUCUGAGGUGGAAGUUGAAGGAAUAGAAGUUUCCACUGAUGAUGACUGCAAAUUAACCUAAAAACUUUCCUUGAACUUCUUUUUUUCUGCUCAGUUGAUUUUCAAGAUUACUCUUACAAAUCAAGCCCUCAGAUUAAUCGAAGUGUUAUUAAUUCCUAUGAUAAUUAAAUCAUUUUCUCAAACAUGUACAGUCUGUAUGGACAUUAAACCCUAGCAUCACAUGUUCAAUUUAACAAAAUUCUGGACUUUCUGUCCUCUAUGGGAUAAUUGAAAUUAAAUGGUGGUCUCUGCUUCUAGCAUAUUA